AAGCCAUAAGGACUUCCAUUUAUUUAGUAAACUCAGAAAUGGCUUCCCAAAUCCGUCAAAACUUUCACCAGGACUGUGAGGCUGCCAUUAACAGACAGAUAAACCUCGAGCUUUAUGCCUCUUAUGUGUACUUCUCGAUGGGAUACUAUUUUGAAAGGGAUGAUAAAUUCCUACCAAAUUUUGCCAAGUUUUUUAGUGCCCAGUCCAAAGAGGAGCGUGAGCACGCCGAGAAGCUGAUGACUUUCCAGAACAAGAGGGGAGGCAGGAUUUUUUUACAGGAUAUUAAGAAACCUGACCGAGACGAAUGGGGCACUAGCUUGGAGGCUUUGGAGUGUGCUUUGCAGCUGGAGAAGAGUGUAAACCAAUCCCUGCUGGAGCUACAGGACAUGGGCACGCAGCACAACGAUCCUCAUCUGUGUGACUUCAUUGAGACUCACUAUCUGGAUGAGCAGGUCAAGUCCAUCAAGCAGCUUGCUGACUGGAUCUCAAACCUGCAGCUUAUGGGAGCGCCACAGAACGGCAUGGCUGAGUACCUCUUUGACAAACACACCAUGGCUGAGGAGGCCAGUCAAACAUAAGCAGAUGAUUUUAAAUCAAUAUCCUCAGUUCAACUCAAAACUGCUGUUAUUUGGACAGCACAAAGCCAUAAAAUGCUAGUACUUUGAGGUCUCACUUAUUGACUAGUACUGUAUGCUGCUGAUGUGCUUCACAAAAGGGUUUAAAAGCAUUUCAAAUUAAUCAAAAUGAACAAUUGCAACCAUUUUAGUGUCACUAUUUUGUGAAUUUAGUGUGAGAAAAUUGUAAGAUCCUUUUCACUGUAUGUCUGGAAUCAUGCAUUUUGAGAGAGAGCCACUAGAUGGCAGUAGAUAUUAAAAAUUACAAUACUAAGACAUUAAAAAUUACAAUACUAAGACAUAUUUGUUGUUUCAUUUUACACCAUUGGCCAACAUAAAAAGUGGUUAAACUCAAGGUUGGAGACUUUAGGUCAAAUUUAAUCUGGUGUUUUGACAAUGACACCCACCACAUAGUAGACCACAAAAACAUGAAUAUUAUUUUUGUUAUUGGGCAACUCCUGAAAAUCACUUGACUAGUAUGUGUUUUCCAAAAGGUUACAUUACAUUUUGUAAAACACAAACAUUCAAUGAGCCUAAUGUUCCUGUGUUGAUUUAACCAAAACAAAUGUACAGUAUGUAACUAACUGAAAAGCAAAUCUAAAUAAAGAUCAGUGACUGAAUGUAGGCCCCCAGUCUUUUUUUUAAGCUGAGAUCCUAUACGGACACUUUUUUUGAAGUAAAGAAUGCUCAUGUUAUAGUUGCAGAUGUACAAUAAGGUCAUUUUCUCUGUUAGCACUGGGGGCUAAA